AUGCAGUCUCUGACGUCGUGCGAAUGUACCAUUUGCCCUGAAUGCUUCGCCCUCCACUUCACCAUCGCCGUGAAAGAGAAGCACAUCACGGACCUGGUCUGCCCGGCUUGCUCCGAGCCGGAAAUCAGUGAUGAGAAAGAACUUCUGAGCUACUUCUCUACUCUGGACGUCCAGUGUUCCUUCGGCUUCAUCUACGAAUCGGACCACUUGGAGGCCAAAUGCCCACAGUGCCGGAAGAGCUUCUGCGUCCACUGCAAGCGCCAGUGGGAACCCCAGCAUCAGGGUCUGACGUGUGAUGAGUUCCAGGAAUGGAAGCGAGCCAACGAUCCUGAAUACCAAGCUCAGGGCUUAGCUGCCUACCUGCAGGAGAAUGGGAUUGCCUGUCCCAAAUGCAAAUUCUCGUACGCCUUGGCCCGGGGAGGAUGUAUGCAUUUCCAGUGCACCCAGUGUCGGCACCAUUUCUGCAGCGGCUGCUAUGGCGCUUUCUAUGCCCCGAACAAAUGCCCCGUCCCAGACUGUCACAUCCGGCGGUCUCUCCACGGCCACCAUCCACGGGAUUGCCUCUUCUACCUGCGUGACUGGGAUGUCCCUCGCCUGCAGCGUCUCCUACAGGAUAACAAUGUGGUGUUCAAUACAGACCCACCGGCAGGCACCCGAGCCACCCCUGGAGGUGGAUGCCGUGUUAUGGAGCAGAAGGAAACUAUGGCAGGGUUAAAGGAUGAACCUUGUGGGAAAGAAACCCCAGCAGGAUAUGCUGGUCUUUGUCAGGCGCACUAUAAAGAGUACCUGGUCAGUCUCAUCAAUGGUCACUCCCUGGACCCAGCCACCCUGUACACUGUGCAAGAGGCGGAAAACGUCUGCCGACGCCACUUGCCCGCUGCGCAGAUACCGCAGCAGGGGCCAGCAGAGGACGAGGAAGCCUAUCGGGGGCGUUUGCUCAAGAUUCUGAAAGAUGGAGUACCGCUAGCCCAGCAUAUUCCACGCAGGCGGAAGUAGCUGGAUGCAAGCGGACCUUCCAGCUGAAGAAAUAAGGCGGGUUUAGGAGCGAAGUUCUGGAUUUUGGCGGAAUGGAGCGCUGCACGGAAACCUCCCCUUCUCUCAUCGUCUUUUCCGCCUUGUGUUAAUAUUUCAGACAUAGCUUUAUAUCCGAGGUGCCCAAAGAUAAGGUGUCUUCACAAGCUUCUUGUCUUUACACGUUUCUAUGCAAAUUCCUUAUGGAGAUGGACAGUUUUAGGAGACUGUCAUGGGUAAAAUGAAAGAUAAUAUUUUAUUUUAUUUUUGUCAUCCAGGAAGUGUUGGGUUUAAAUACUGUAGCUGAAUCUUUAUGGGGGAUGUUUUUUUCCGUGGUGGAUUGGAAACGAAGCCACUUUCACCAAAAACAGAGAGAGAAUUAUUUGGUGGCUAAAUUUGGUGAAAAUGUCUUGUUGCAGUUUCCGAUUCCCUCUUUUUCUGACUCCUUAUUUCCUUCCCCCUUUCCACCUAAUUUCUGAGCCUGCGUACCUCUUCGGAAAUUAAUAAACUGUUCCAUGAUUUUUUUUAAAAAAAAAACCAA